UAGAUAUAUCAAAAUAAUUUUCCAUAAAAAACUUUUUUAAUUUUGGUCAAAACUAUUAUCAAGCAGCAUUUACGCAAUUAUCAAAAAUUGGUUCUGGUGGUUUUGGCGUAGUUUAUUCAGCCAAAUGUAAAAUGAACAGUGAACUAUUUGCUAUAAAGCAAAUUCAGUUAACAGACUUAAAUGCAUACGAAAAAUCCAAAAUAUUCAGCGAGGUGAAUAAUUUAAUCAAAGUGCGCUCAAAAUAUGUGGUUCACUAUUACGACUCGUGGUCUUAUCGAGAAUACCUGUACAUCCAAAUGGAGUUGUGUUCGCAAAGUCUGACAAAAAUAAUUGAAAUAAAAGCACAAGUAUUUAAGCGACAAAUAGGAGUUCCCAUGAAUUCUAUUGAAUACUUAAUUUCGUGCCAAAUAUUCCAACAAUUGUUAGAAAGUGUUCAGUAUUUACACGAACUGAAUCCACAGAUCAUUCACAGAGACCUCAAACCCGACAAUAUAUUGAUCGCAAGGGAUGUAAGGAACGGUAGAUUUGUUAAGUUAUGCGACUUUGGUUUGGCUACAGUUCACGACAAACGUGUUAACUAUAGGACUACCAGAAAACAUACGGCAGAUAUCGGGGAUCUAAGAUAUCAGGCACCGGAAAUUAGUCAGGGUAAAAAGUAUGGACACAAGUCAGAUAUUUAUAGCUUGGCACUUAUUGGCGCAGAGUUAUUUGCCAUGGACUUAUUUACAUUAAACUGUGAUAGACCUUGCGAUUAUUCAGAAACUACUCCAAUAUUAAAUGAUCGAGUACAUAAAUUACAAACAACUCUCAUGGCUAUGAUUUCACACCCGUUAUGGGAUAAUAGACCGGAAUGUAGUGAAGUAUUGGGAAAAUAUACAGGGUGGUCUAUUAAUAAAGAUUUGAUUUUAUUUGACUCACAAUACGAGUCA